AUGUCCUCAGACAAAGUCUACGUCGGCGGCCUGCCCAACGACGCCACCACGCAAGAGGUCGAAGACGCCUUCUACCGAUACGGCCGUAUCCGCAAGGUCUGGGUAGCCCGCCGCCCGCCAGGCUUCGCCUUCGUCGAAUUCGAGGACCCGCGGGAUGCCGAGGAUGCUGUCAAAGGACUAGAUGGAGCGCGCAUCUGUGGAGUCUCGCAGCCGUUCACGCUCGCCCCGUCGCUCACGCAGCCGUACUCGCUCGCGCAGCCGCAGCCGUUCGCCGCCCCCGAAGCGCGCCGGAUCCGCCGAACGCGUGGAGCGCAAGAGCCGUUCUCGCUCGGUCUCACGCUCGCGUUCGCGCUCAAGGAGCUAGAUGAAGAUGAAGACACCACCACAAGCAAACCAAGACCGGCGACCCCCGUGGACCCACACACACUCCUUUUGAAUCACCAAGUUUCGUUUGUCUGGUGUUCUACGUUAUUUUUCUGCUUGAUAGCGUCGAGAACGAAGGGAUUCCCUGCAAUCGUGGGUCUAAAUGUUGUCGCCGGCCUCAUCACGAUCACGCUCAUCUCGUGGCCGCUAAAAUCAGAAGCCGAAGAAUCCCCCACAUACAUCCCGGACAAAGAACCCGAUCAAGUCGACCCGCUCUUCUUCCCGGCCGUCGGACUUGUCAUUCUCUUAUCGAUUUCCAUAGUUUAUGCAAUUUAUCGUAGCCUAUUGUUGUUGAUCACCCCCACCUAUGCCGAGCCCGUUUUGGAUCGUCACCGAACCGACGGCGUCUAUCGA